UCUUCAAGACCAGCCAUGUAAUAUGAAGACUACAUCACCUUUCUAUUAUUUCCAAAGCAAAAUAAACGUUAUUGUGAGUCCACAGCCAUGAGGCCAAAGCUCAUCUUCACACUUAGCAUUACAACUCUUCCUGUAAUUCUCUCCAUCUUCGCCAUUCUUAGCUUCUUCUCUUAUGAGAGUCAUUGGGAGGGCAAGGGUGAAGUGAUUCCGAUCAUGGGUGGUGGUGGAAUUGGAGCUGAGAGUUUUGCUUUUGAUCCACAAGGUGGAGGCCCUUACACUGGCGUUUCUGAUGGCCGGAUCAUCAAAUGGGUUGAAAAGGAACGGCGGUGGAUUGAUUUUGCUUUCAUUUCUCCACCCAGAGAGGACUGCAAAGGGCCACAAGAUCAUGAUCCAACGGAGCACAUCUGUGGGCGUCCAUUGGGAUUGGACUUCGACGAAACUAAUGGUAAUUUGUACAUUGCUGAUGCUUACAUGGGCUUACUCAUGGUGGGCCCUCAAGGUGGGUUAGCCACUAGUAUUGCGACACAUCUGCAGGGCAUCCCCUUCACUUUCACCAAUGCGUUGGACAUUGACCAAUCAAGUGGACUUAUCUACUUUACCGAUAGCAGCUCACAGUACCCGAGGAGGAAUCACAUAUCUGUUAUACUGAGUGGAGAUAAAUCAGGAAAGCUAAUGAAAUACAACCCAAAAAGCAAACAAGUGACAAUGCUUCUUGGAAACCUCUCAUUUCCAAAUGGAAUAGCUUUAAGCCAAGAUGGAAACUCCAUGUUAUUAGCAGAAACCACCAAUUGCAGAAUUCUAAAGUACUGGCUAACAACAUCAAAAUCUGGAAACCUUGAAGUUUUUGCUCAACUCCCAGGUUUCCCAGACAACAUAAAGAGAAGCCCUAGAGGAGGAUAUUGGGUUGGUGUCCAUUCAAAGAGAGAUAGGGUUUUGAAAUGGAUUGUUUCACAUCCAUGGAUUGGGAAAUUUUUGCUUAAGCUUCCUUUUGAUGUGAUGAAAGUUCAUUCAUUUUUGGGUAAGUUUAGAGGAAGUGGGUUGGCUUUGAGGUUGAGUGAGGAUGGUGAAGUGUUGGAAAUGAGAGAUGGAAGAGAUUAUAAAUUUAAGUCUAUAAGCGAAGUUAUGGAGAAAGAUGGGGAAUUGUGGAUUGGGUCAAUCAAUUUGCCUUUUGUUGGUAGGUUUAUGAUAUGAACUUGUAAAAUUAUUUAUAUAUUUUAGCCUAAAUUUCCUUCCAAAUGAUCUUGAAAAUAGAUUAUGCAUAUUAAUGAAAAUAAAAUAAUUAUUUAUUUAAA